AUGGAUCCUUCGCAGGAAGCUUCAAACAAUGUGACCGUCGAGUACACGGACCCGUCCGGCUUGUUUCCCCAGGUCCAGCCCAUUAUCGAGUCGAAGCUACCCCUGAAGAACCUCCAUUGGAAGUCGCCCACCCGCCCCGUGCGGUCGAUUGAGUCGCUCCGAAUUGGGUUCGUGCCGGCGCAGACCGACGCAGGCGAGCGGAAAUCUUCGAGCGAUGCUGCCCCUGCCACUGUCCCUCAUCGCCGCCACCAGAUCCCCGGUCUGCGGCAAACCCCGUACCUGAAAGUCUACCUCCUCCGCUGCGACGACAACGAUGCCUACAAGGCGACGGCGCGACGGGCCCUGCGCGAGUGGAUCAAGACUCAUGCGUCGACCAGCACGUCGCAGCCCCAUCCGCCCUCAGCUACCAGCAACCAGGAAAAGCAUGAUGCCUUCGAUUGGCUCAUCCUACACGUGGUGCAGGACGGGGACGGCGCGGAGAAGGCGCCCACCCCUACCACCAAAUGGGGCCGCAGCACGACCACGGUCCUGGAGAAGGUGAAAGCCGAUUUCAAUGGAACCUCCAAAUCGGCUGUGGACCGUGUGGCUCAGCUACGGCUCCCCAAGGAGGAAACCACCAAGUCCCCGGAAUUGACCGAGCAGUUGGAAGACUUGAUCGACAAGAUGAAGAAUGGGAUUCUGGCGUCUUUUGAUCUUCGUGUGGCUCAGUAUGAAGAGGAUAUCAAAGAGAAGGACUCUCAACGGAGUCUACCUGGGUGGAACUUUUGUACGUUCUUCAUCCUCAAAGAGGGUCUCGCCAGGGGCUUUGAAAACGUGGGCCUUUUCGACGAUGCACUAGUCGGGUACGAUGAGUUGGCUGUUGGCUUGGAUGCGGCCGUUCGCGAUCAACUCCAGGGAAGUGGUGAUCAACAUGGCGGCGCCCUCUUAACUACCAGCAAGGCCUGGGUGGAAUCGGCUAAAAAGGCAUUGGAGACCGGUUCAUCAGAUGACGAUGGCGAUGGAGACGCUGCUUCGUUCCCGGAAAUUCAGCCAGAGGACUUCCCACUCAGUGCUACCAGGCUGCCCUACCGGGAAAUGAUUUUGGCAAGCGAUAUUUCCAUCUUCGACUUCCGCACUUACAUCUUCUCUCGACAACUCACUCUACUUCUCCGGGCAGCCAGAGCUCCGUCAGUUGCGACUGAACCCAGUUCUGAUACCAAGUCAACAAAACGGGACAAGAAGCUCGAAGACCUGUUCCUACUCUCUGAAAUCUGCGGGAGGUCUAGCGAGUUUAUCAGUCUCGCUGCACGCACGCUCCGCUACGAUCUCGAGUGUGGACUGGACGUGGAUCGGGGUGUUAAAACAGAUAUCAUUAACAACCUCGUCUCUUCCUUUGUAUAUUCAGCGGCCAUUCAAAUACUGAGCCAGACAUUUACCCCGACUCUCGCGCUUCCCGAAUCCUCACUUCAUGCCGUGCCCCAAACUGGCGAUGGCCCAAGCGCUGCGACGACAAUGGCAGAGAUGCGGGCCGAUGUCCCCCGUCGCACCAGCUCGUUGAUUUCUUCGCCUGCGGCUCGUUCUGGCCGUCCGGUGACCCAGGAUAUGUCUGAUAAUAUCGGUUUGCUCCAACGACGCUCGACCAUGGAUCACCCAAAACCGGCGCCCAUCCCAACACAAAAGACUGGCUCCGAGCAAUUGGCAUCUGCAAGGGGAGAACUACUUCUGAUGGCAAGACGAUCCCUCGAGGAAAUCGCUCAGCGACGCGGAUGGACAGAAAAGUGGACCGGUCUUGGUCUUCUUUUUGAUGACCGUCAUCGUUCUGGGAAAGGUGAUCUGGAGGAGGUUUCGCUGGACGAUCACGAUGUACCCAAGCCGCCGUCAGAUCUCAAGAAGCAUUCUCCGCUUGUUGGGGUUGCAUUGCCUGUUCUGAAAGCUGUCUUGAAGUCCAAGCCCGCAUUUCUGACCCUCUACGAAGAUCUUACUGACCGCAUGAUUCGUCACCACAUGGCAGCAAACCGUGCCUACUCAGUCGAGGCAGCUCUCGCGGAAAUCGCCAUCUUGCGCUUCCGGCAGGCUGAUUAUGAAGCCGCCGCCUCCUACCUCCAGCAGAUGGCGCCGUUCUACGGUACUAAGCACUGGGUGGUCUUGGAGGGGAUCAUGUUGGAGCUUCAUGCCCGGUGCUUGAAAGAACUCCAGCGGAACGAAGAUUAUGUCCGGAUCAUGCUACGGCUACUUUCCAAGUUUGCUGCAUACACACAGGCGCAAUUAACAGAUAGGCAGAAAGCCCUGGCUGCCUCGACAUCAUCGAGUGAGCAAGAGAUGUUGUCAGGGUAUGUCAGCAGCCUCUUCGAGACGUCGGCAACUCUCCAAAAGGACAUUCCGGCAUCUUUGACGGACUUCUUCGCCGACCUCUACGUCGACCCAGCAAUUCGACUUUAUGACGGCAAAGAUGGGUUCCAAAUUCAGCUCUCGUUGCGUUUUCUCCUCGGCCAACAAAUUGAAAUCGACUCCCUCAAGAUUCGAUUGGUCAGCGCCAACAGCUCUCAGAGUGCAGAGCACUGGAUUGAGGGCUCGAACAAGUUUGUGAUUCAGUCGUCGUUGUCGAAGAUUCUGAUCGAUUCCUCGACGACGCUUCAGGGCAAGUACUUUGUGGACCGGCUGGAAAUGCGAUCCGGAAACUUUGUCUUCACGUUUAACAGCAGCCAUCAUGCGGCCUUGCCGCUUGGCUUCCGUGAAGCGGACGAUUCUGAGGACACAGACCACCGGCCAUACAUAUACUGCUACCCUCCAGCCGACGGGCUACAGGUGAAGAUUGUGUCCCCGCAUCUGAUCAAUCUGGAGGCAAUGCGAACUCUGGAAUUGGAAAUCAAUAGUGGUUGGAAUGAUAUCAAAACGGGCACAAUCCGGGUGCGUCCAGCAACCGCAGGCCUUCGCCUUCGAAUCGCCGAAGCAGAAGUGGUGGACGGCGACCUCGAAGUAGUAGCCAAUCACGACUCCGGAGUCAUAGAGUUCGCGCGGCUGCCGCCACAAUCUUUUGUGCGACUGCGUGUCCCCUACACAGUGGAAGAGGCCUUUUCGACCCUGUCGGCCCGGGCAGAGAUUGGGUACGACACAGAUCAGGGGCGGUUCGCUUCGUCAGCAGUGUACAGUGUGGUUGCUACACUGCCCAUAUCGGUGAAUGUGCAGGACAUUUUCAAGGAUCAGCUGCUGUUCUCGCGUUUCACAAUGAGCCCCGCCAUGCUGAUCCCGCUGCGCAUUACCAGCUGCAGCCUGCCCGGUUCGGAAGCAUAUGAGGUGCAGUCCAGUAUUACCGGCCCCGUCGCCCUUGACGUGUUCCCCAAGCAGCCUGCCUCUCUGCUCUACAAGAUCCGUCCUCGUGAAAACACGGCAACUGGGGCCAAUCGAGGUCUGCGGUUGAGUGUUGAUUUUACGUGUGUGGACGAUGAGUGUCUCGAUGCGGUUGAGAAACGCUUCGCUGCUGCCAUUGCCUCGAGUCCGUUCUACCAAUACGCGGCGCUGCUCACAUCGCACCUCGUCGGCAACUUCCGCGCGCAGCUGUCUACGGCCGAGUUGGAGGUCAUCGGGAUCGUCCGGGAGGUCGAGAUGCUCCCGUACCGUAACGUGCGGUGGGACGACUUGUUGGGGGCGCUGAAAGAGCCGGUCGAGGAUGUACGACAGUGGCUCAUGGCAUGGCACACGAACAACGCCAUCAUUACCCUGCCUUCACGACCCUCGAUCCCCACCCGCCGCAUCAUCAUUCCGGUCGACAUCCCCGAGAUUCAGGUCGUGCACACGGCCGAGUUGCAGCUACAGCCCAGCGUCCCAGGCUCAGAUCACGCUGCUGUAGGUCAAAUGAUCGCCGCCGAGUUGUGUCUGCGGCACACGCGGCGCUGGUGUUCCCCAGCAGCGCAAGAACACGCAGGCCAGCCGCUAGAAUGCUCCUUCGAGCUACACGUCAACCCAGACCUAUGGCUCCUGGGCGGCCGACGCCGCGGCAAUUUCAUCGCCCGCGACGGCGACACCACUCGCUUCACCGUGCUGCUGCUUCCCCAAAAGUCAGGCCAUCUGCUACUGCCAGGCCUGGAAAUCCGCACCUUUGUCCCGUCGACAUCCCCGCUAUCACCCUCUUCGGCUGCCCCAGAGCCCCCGGCGACUGGUGCACCCAUCCACCGUCACUCGAUCCCCUGCGAGGUUGACUACCGCAACCACGGCGAGACCAUACUCGUACUCCCGGACCUGCGCAAGACCACGGUCAGUCUGGCGGCUGCCGGUGGCGGUGGCGGGUCGUGGCUGGUGGAUUCGGAGCGGCGGGCCGAGGUGUAUUGA